CGCCGCCGCCGCCGCCGCCGCGAAAGAGACUGGGGGGGGGUCAGAGAAGGAGGGAGUUGUGCGCGCGGCGGCAGCGGCUUUUCGCCUCGCCGGCUGAGGGCGGAGCGGGGAGGGGAAGGCAGCGCCGAGUUUGGCGUCCUGACUUGAGCGCGGGGUGGGGAAGGGGGGGCGGUGGUUUUCCGCAGGUCGUCGUCGUCGUCGUCGUCAAGAUGGAGGAGGCGGGGAUGGCCUGGCCGCUGCCGGAUACGGCGUAAAAAGGUGGGCUGUCGGGGGGAAACCGGCGCGUUUGGUCGAGGCAGCGAAGGGCGCCCGAGGCGAGGCGAUGCUGUCGGUCUAUGGCAUAUUGCUGUCAGCUCUGCUGGGCUCCUUCCUCACGCUGCUCGCCCAGCUCCUGCUCUUUUUCCGGAGGCAGCCCGAAGCCGUCACCGGGGUGUCCCGGCUUCGCAGCUCCCACUUCUUUGUUACCAGGGUAAUGCCGGACUCGACCCUCAAGGAGUAUUUAACCGGCAUCCUCAUCUUGGGGCAGGAAGCGUUUUUCCCCGGAUCUUUAGUCGGCCAGCCUUCUUCCAAAAGCGAGCAAAGCCUCAAGGCCCCCGGCCAGGAAUCGCCCCCUUUGGUGGAGUGCACGGAGGAGACCCUCUACUGGCUCAAUGCCAUCUGCCUCUUUCUCUUCAGGGAACUCAAGGACACCUCCUUGAUCCGCCACUGGGUCACCAGGAAAAUCAAGGUGGAAUUCGAGGAGCUUUUGCAGACCAAGGUGACUGGCAAAGUGUUGGAGGGGCUCAGCUUGCGGGAUGUCUCCUUUGGCAACGUCAUCCCCCUCUUUAAAAACAUCAAGAUAUUGCGGCCGGUGACCUGUAAUGAGGAAGGCUGUCCAGAAGAGCUGGACUUUGAAGUUGACCUGGAGUAUGAUGGGGGCUUCCACUUAGCCAUUGAUGCGGACCUGGUUUUUGGCAAGUCAGCGUAUCUGUUCGCCAAAAUCUCUAAAAUUGUGGGUCGGGUGAGGCUGGUCUUCACCCGUAUACCCUUCACGCACUGGUCCUUUGCUUUUGUCGAGGAGCCUUUGAUCGACCUUGAGGUCAAGUCGCAGUUUGAAGGAAGACCCUUGCCCCAACUGACUUCCAUCAUUGUCAAUCAGUUCAAGAAAGUGAUCAAGCGCAAGCAUACCUUACCUCACUAUAAAAUCAGGUUCAAACCAUUUUUUCCAUUUCAAGUUGUGCCACCUGAAGAAUAUAGAGACCAGAGCCUCAGUAUACAAGGUUUCUCACUAACGGAAGGAAGACUGAAAGUUUCUUUAAUAGAAUGCUCAAGAUUAUUUAUUUUUGGAUCCUAUGAGAGAGAAGUAAAUAUUCACUGCACAAUUGAAUUGAGUGACAAAGUUUGGGAAGACAAAGAAAGGACUUUCAUCAAGACAGCAGAACUCAUAAAAGGAAAUUCGCCAAGUAUUGGACUCACUCUGCGUCAAACACAAGCUAAAGAAGGAGAAACAGGUCGUGUUGUUAUUGAAACUGUUACACCAAACUCUGCUGCUGCUGCUGCUGACCUUCAGAGGGGUGACAGGGUGUUAUUUAUUGGAGGAGUCAGGAUUACAUCAACAGUACAAGUGUUAAAACUUAUCAAACAGGCCGGUGAAAGAGUCACUAUAUAUUAUGAGAGACCAGUUGGCUAUAGUCAGCAGAUGUUAGUCCAAGACAAUCUUUCUCAGAUGGAAGAGACAACAUUUUCAGAUGACUAUUUGCUGAAUGAAAUAGAUAACAAAGAAUUAGAUACAGAAUUUGAAGACUUGGCAAAUGUACUAAAGUCAAGUGAAUUCAAAGAUGAUUCUUCAAGCAGUCCCAAGCACAUACCAGUUUCACUUGCUGGUAAACCACCUGGAACGCUAUCUCCAGUAUUAAAUCGCAAGUUGCAUCUAGGAAGUUAUCAGCCAUCUCCAAGGGUACUUUUCAAGGAGACAUCCAGACCAGCAAUACACAAAACUCCUGAGAAUUUGGAUAUAAGUCAACAGACAAACAAACAGUCACCGCUAAAUGUAACCAAACCACCUGUCCCACCCAGACCACAGAUUAAAGUGCCAGCAGUUUCUAGUGAAGUUCAGAAUAAAUUAGAAACUGGCGACUUAUCUUCUGAGAAAUUGGACAAACUGCCUCUUCCUGCUAAUAAUGGAGACAAGGAUUCAGAAAAGAUAAUCAGAAUUAUUGAUCUAGGAGAAGAAUCUACAGGAUCCAAACCAAUUUCUAAGGAGUCUUCAGAAAGUUCACAGAGUUUAAAAAUAAUUGCAAAUAAAUCAGAAACAUUAAAAGAAAGUACAGAAUCUCAACAGAAUAUUAAAGCACCUAUCAAUAAAACUAUUUCAAGCAAAUCAGAAUUAUAUAAGGACCUAUCAGAGAAUUCACAUAGUUCACUGAAUGCUAAGGCAGUAGAAAACCAUAAUUCAUGGGAAUCACCAGAAAUUCCUUACCGUAAUCGAGCAGGUAAAUGGGCAAGGACAAAAGGCUCCUCCUAUUUAUUUGAAGUAGGAAAAGAACACACUUACCUAAAUAUUGGUGUUUGGUGUAGAGACCCUUUCAAAGUAGGUGGGCUUGUUUGUUUGGGAUAUGAAAGUGUGAAACUUGAAGAUGUGGCUUUAGAUUGUAUAGCUACAUCUUCCAUGGAAUUCAUUAGACCAUUUCGAUUAAAUCCUCCUGCACCCAAAGCUGCAGUAACUAGAACAGCAUUGCGCAGUUUGAUCUCACACAAAGGUUUCAAUGAAAAAUUUUGCUACGGUGAUGUCACUGUACACUUUAAAUAUUUAAAAGAGGGUGAACCUGAAGACUCAACUUUUCUGUUGGAAAAAGAUAAAGAAAAUAUUUUAGAAGAAGCAGCAGCUCCUGAUCUUUCAAAAGAGGAUCCUUAUUUUGGACAAAUUACUUAUACUGAAAAUAGGCAUAAUUUCCAAGAUACUCAGUUUCAAAAUCCAACUUGGUGUGACUACUGCAAAAAAAAAGUUUGGACAAAAGCAGCUUCACAGUGUGUGGUUUGUGCAUACGUUUGCCACAAAAAAUGUCAAGAAAAGUGUCUGACUGAUGCUCCCUUCUGUUUAGGAGCCACAAGACGGCUUGAACGAGUUUUACACCCUUUUAAAUUUGAAAACCAAGAUUCCACACCAGGACCUCGUGUAGAUUCAGAAUUAAAAACUGCAAAUAAAGCAACAGGCCUAACAAGACACCUUCUUAAUACAAGCAGCCGGUUCUUAAACCUCCGUCAAGUUCCUAAAGUUCGUAUUAAUGAGCAAGGACCUGAAGUGGUAGAACCUUCGCCAAAGCAGACACCACAUCCUUCUGAUAAUGAAGGCAGUGAUACAGAUACUGGUGGCCCUAGCAGUCCUUCCAAGCAAGUAACCACGCCGGGGAUUAAAUUACCAAGGAAGGAAGGAGGACUUGAUGACAGUGUUUUCAUUGCAGUGAAAGAAAUUGGCCGAGACCUUUAUAGAAGUUUACCUACAGAAGAAAGAAUCCAGAAAUUAGAGAUUAUGUUAGAAAAACUUCAAUGCGAAAUAGACCAGGAACUGGAGAGCAACAAUUCCUUAAUUAGAGAAAAGAAAGAAGCAUCAGAUACAAGGAAAAAAAGGCAAUUGGCUGCUGCACUGGCUAAAUCAGGCGAAAGGUUACAAGCCCUGACACUCCUUAUGAUCCAUUAUAAAGCAGGCAUUGAGGAUAUAGAAGCUUUAGAAAAUAGUGCUUUAGAACUUGGAUCUAGAAAAGAGGAUAAAGAGGAAGAAGACAACAACUUAGUGGAAGAAACAGAUAAUGAAGAUGAGGCUGCUUUAGUAAUGGCACCAGUACUUGAAACCCUGCUCAAAGAAGAAGAGAGACUUGAAUCCCAGAAUGCAUCUGUAGACUGAUAUUGCACAGUUGGUCUUGCAAAUGAUAAACUGGGAAAUACUUUGCACUUAAUCAAACUACAUCAGAUUUCAAAAUUGUAAUUAAACACUGAGAUAAUAUAUAUAAGCUGCUUCUCCAUUAUUUUCAAAACCCAUGUAAGGAAAUGACUUUUAUUUCCAGGUACAAUAUGGUUUUAUUUUGUUGAACCAUGUUAUGUUUAAAUAACAUUUUGGGACUUUAUACUAGAUGAUUUUUAAUUUAUUUGAACUUUUUUCUAAAAUGUAUUUCUAAAAUAUAUCAGGGUAAAUUGCAAAAAACAAACAAACAUUCAGACAGAUGUUUUGUUGGAAUGAAUGAAGCAGCCACUUCCUCCAUGAGACCCAACACUUUUUUUGAGGGCUUUCUCCAGUCAUCUCCACAGACAUGUUCACAUAUAACCUGCUUUCUGGUAAUUUCAAUGGAAAUGUUGUCUUCUGAAGGGCACAGCUGCCUCUCUGUUUCAGGAAAGAUCCCUUUGCUCACACCAACACCCUUCCUGAAUUGCCUUUGAAAUGCUUUGCAGAGUUUCUGUUCUCAUUUUUUUUUGUUCCUUUCGCUGUUCAGUUUUAAAACUUUGCAUUUUAAUUUUGUGCUCAAAUUAGAACUACUGUAGCAGCUGCUGAGGGGCCAGUUUUGAAAAAAAAAUGUUAUACUUUGCCAUUUGCUUAUUCAGUAUAUUUUGGAAAGGGGAUUGUGACUUUCAGGGUUGUUUUUUUUUUCCAAUGAUGCAUUAUAGAUAACAUGCCUUUAUUUUCAAUUAUUUGGUAACAUUAGUAUUCCAUUGUCUGAUUUGUUGGAUUUUCUUUCACAGAGAAGUCUUUUAAUUUUUUUGAAAAGGCAAUUUACAUUUUACUCUUUCCUUCUAUGAAUUUAUUAGAAUCUUUAGCAGGAAAGACCUUUAAAGCACAUAUCAUUGAAACAUUAUCAGGUUCUAUUUUCCCUGCUCAAAAGCACCCAUAGGCAUUCCUUUUUGCCUAUGCACAUGCUAUACCAAUAUUUUAUAGAAAUAUAUUGAGAAUGUACUACAGGUUUUAUUUGUUCCUGUAACUACAUGGAAUCUUCGUAAAACAUACUCUUCUAUGAUGUAAUAAUGUUAAGUGCCCAUGAAAAAAAUUAAUGGUAACUUUACCAGUUUUAUUUUUUUGAAAGAAUCUAAAUAUUAAGAAUUAAUAUGUAAAAGGAUUUUAAACAUUAACACUAAUUUGAUUUAUUUUCUGGUGGUUCUGUUGAUAGAAAAACAAAUAAAUUACUUGCUCAACAUCUUAAAAUUCUCCCUGUAGCCCUCACCCACCCAUUGAAUCCUGAUUCCAGCAACACUAAAAUAAACUUUGGCCUCAUUUCUGGGGGGAAAAUAUCAACUGAUCUGAGAUGGGGAUUGUUAGAUUGGUGUUUCACACACAUAUUAAUGUUUUGUUUUUAUGUACUUAAUUAUCAUUUUUGCCAUUGCGUUAUAAAAUACUUUUGUAAAACUAAAUAAAAAGAUAGCAUCCUGCAUUACUCCUACUUGACUAAAAGCAACCACUUACGCUACUGCAUAGAAACUUUUUGCUGUUAUAAUGGGAACAAACAAUGUCCUAACAUUUUUAACUUUACAAUUUACCCUUACAAUAAAAAAGUAAAUGGUUCAACUGAAUAGUUGCCAAAUUAACAUAAUCCAUAUUUUUUAAAAAGAUAAAACAAUUUUAAGUAUUUUCCCAAAUGAACCAAAAAUAUUCAAUCAACACUAUAUUUAAGAAAUAUUAUCUUUCAAAAAUCAUCAGCUUAACAAAAGUUUGCAUAAAUUGGGACAUUUUCCCUUUAGUUUCUGUCUAGAUACUAACUUGAAAAUGAGAAUACAAAGACAGAAAUAUUAGAUAUUAGGUAUACUAAUCUAAUAUCUUAUAAUGGUUACCUGUUUAUGAAAGAGGCAUGAAAAGUUGGAUAUCAGUACUCUACUAUGACGAUUGUAUAAUGUAAGAUAAAUAUAGUGCAAUAUUCUAACCAUUGCGUGAGAAUGGCAGCAAAAUAAUAGUAUGUAGCAUCAAGGAAAACAUAGAAUUAUAAUAAAUGCUGUUUUUAAGAAGAAUUAUUGAUACAUUCCUUUUAUAUAUUUUGCUUCUCUGCUUUACUAUACACAGUUGAAAAUAAUAAAUACCACUAGAUGCAGGAAUAUCUUGAUGUGGUGGUAUGUUAUUACUUGACACUAGCAUAUAUUUAUGGAAAUCUGCCUGAGAUGAUUGUCAGAAGAUUUUAUCAUGAAAACAAGCUUUAAUAAAAGUUUUUAAA